AUGGAGCUCACUUUGGCCUUGCAAACGCUGUUCCACAUGCUUGAGGUUCAAAAUAUUCUUGCUCUACAAAAUGUAGACACCCCGCUCAAGGGAGGUCUCAACACUCCACUUCAUGAAGCUGACUUUUCUGGAAUUUUGCCCACACCGAAAGUCCAGGCUACUCCAAACACUGUACUGAAUGCUGUUGCUGCAACCCCUGCCAGCACUUUUGGAGCUACGCCAAGCUCCGUGGGCUCCUUCACGCCUGGACCAGGUGGAGCCACGCCAGCUUUCCGUGACCAAAUGGGUAUCAACGAAGGCGGAGCGACGAGUGGAAUCGAAGCACGAGCUGAAUUACGCAGAGCGCUUGCCUCACUUCCCGAACCUAGGAAUGAUUAUGAAAUUGUUGCCCCUGAGAAUGAAGAAGGUGAAAGUGAAGAGCAGGGAGAGAAAGAGGAGGAAUGGGUAGAUGAUGCCGCUGAGGUAAAGGAAGCGAGAGCUAAGCAGCGUGCACUGAAGAGGCAACGAGAACUUGCUGCAAGGACUCAGGUUAUCCAACGUUCGCUACCUAAACCAUCCAAAGUGUGUGAUGCUGCAUUCAAGCCUUCGUUGAACAGGACGGAUAUGGCCAAGGUAAGAUUUUUAUUACAAAAACCUGUUAUUACUGUUAUUUCAAUAUUUUUGUUCGCAAUCAACUUGUCAAAGUCUUGCUAUUACCGAUUAAGUGCUUUUAUACUUAUUAGGGCAGGAUUUUUUUUUCUAGAAUGAAA